AUGGCUGAAACCAGUGUUAAAUCUGAUGUCAUUGAGCAAAGCAAACUGGAAGAGGCAGCAAAGAUCGUCAUUUGGUCAGAGACCGGAGAGUCUGUGACGUUUGGAAGCCUAUUUGAACACCAGAAGACGAUUGUAGUCUUUAUUCGCCAUUUCCUCUGCGGGAUGUGUCAAGCAUACGUGGAAGAGCUUGGAAAGGUGCCGAAAUCGGACCUAGACGCUGCUGGGACGCGGAUUGUGGUCGUUGGAUGUGGGGGUUGGCCAGCUAUCAAGCAGUACAGAGUCAACGCCAACAACUAUCCUUACGAGAUUUAUGCUGAACCGACCCGCAAGUUGCAUCAAGUACUUGGGCUAAUAAGUAAUCUCAAAGGACCAGCUGCCGGGGAAGCUCGUAAAAGCUAUGUCCCAAGUGUAUUAACCACAACCUUGGCCUCUAUCGGUACCGGACUCCGACACCUAGGCAUGGCUUUCAAUAUGGGCAAUACCACGCAGCUUGGAGGCGACUUUGUGCUCGGACCGGGUCUCCAUACCGAAUUUGCAUGGAGGAUGCGAAAUACUCAAGAUCACGUCGAAAUCGACGACCUGAUGAAGGCGGCAGGAGUGGCUUAUCGGGCAAGCGGAAACUGA